AUGGCGGAUGUGUGUGAAGUGGACUCUCUGAGCAGUCUGACCAGAGGCCUGGAGAAGAUCGACCCCUCGGCGAGCCGCUACCCCUUCUGCGUCGUGUGGACGCCCAUCCCCCUGCUCUCGUGGCUCUUCCCCUUCAUUGGACACAUGGGCAUCUGCACGUCCUCGGGGGUGAUCCGGGACUUCGCCGGGCCCUACCUGGUGUCUGAGGAUGAUAUGGCCUUUGGGAAGCCCACCAGGUACUGGAAGCUGGACGUGUCCAAGGUGGACAGCAGCAGCUCGGACGUGUGGGACGCGGCCGUGUUCGACGCCUCGGAGGAGUACAAGCGCAGGAUGCACAACCUGUGCUGUGACAACUGCCACUCCCACGUUGCCAUGGCGCUCAAUCUGAUGCACUAUGACAGCAGCACCUCGUGGAACAUGGUGAACCUUUGUCUGCUCUCCUUCAUCCACAGCAAACACAUCAGCUGGGUCGCUCUUCUGAAAACUUGGCUGCCCUUCGUGCUGCUCUGCGUGGUCAUCGUCACGGCAACUGUGGUCCUCAGCGUGAGGUAACGGUUCGAGGCCUUUACAGAAGGCCCUGGAUGGCAUCGUCAGUUAGAACCUUGGAUCUUAGUCACAGAAAAAAGAGGGUCUGGAACCACAGAAGUUCCCCAACAGCAGCCUCUGCACAUCAGUAUCUCUGUUUCUGCACCUGAGCUUCACACUGCAGCAGCAGCAUUUGAACGAUGUUCUCUGGAUGGAUCUUCUCCGGAAACUUCACUGAGAACCUGGGUUCUGGGUCCAGUGAUGCACUUUGUUUCUGGCUCUUUCUGCAAAAUGAUCUCAGGGUCUGAAAAAGGUCUUUUCCCUUCUCCUACACAUCAGAGUAUACUCCGUUUUUACUUUGCUCUUCUCUGUUCACUUCAGCAUCUGAGCUCAAGAGCAGUGUGUGUCCUGCCUGUUUUCCGAUGGAGGAAACGUUGGAGACGCAUUGGCCCUUGACCACACCCGGUUACACCACAACGUGCCGCCCCUGCUGGGCCGCUGUGGAAGUCAGAACCGGGGCCUUUUUGGACCGGUGCCCCCCUGGACUCACAGGAACUCCCCUUCCAAGGCGAGACCCCACUGAGAGAUGAGUUGUCAAGGUGUCUGUGCAGGAAUCGCCCCCCUCCAUGCUGGAGAUGAAACCCCCCACCCCCUGCUGUGGGGCGCAUUGUCCCGACGCCUGGCCUCGGCGCCCAUCAAAGGCCCUCCGGUGCCGGUGGGGGGCUCCAAUCCUCUUACAGGGUUGCUCUGGAGAUAAGCUGCAAACAUGUGAGAUGGAAAAGUCCUCCGCGGGGGGCGGCAACUUGGAGGCCCUAUUCUCUGGAAUUCCAGCUCAGGAGACGGAUGUCGAAAAAGUAGUGGAACAAAACGCAAAAUGAGAGCAUAGGUUUGAGUCCAUGUGGGCAAAUACUGCGCUUCGUCGUCAGACCAACGAGACACAUGUGAAUUAGUGGAGAAAGUGACUGAAACGUGGGGAAGGGGCAGAACGUCGGGACAAAGUGAUGCUGCAGCUACACUCUGAAUAUUAUCUUUACCACACGGCAUUAUCAGAUACUGUGGUGUUUCCAAGUAAAAAUGGUUCCUCAGCUGAUGAACACAAGUAGGAGCGCAAAUCUGUUUGUAACUUGUUUUGUUUGUAACUCCAGAGCUGCUUCUACCACCAAGUAGCGAUCAAUAAUACACACGUCCCUCGACUGACUCUCUGUGUAGUGUCUGUGAAAAU